GACGGCAAAGCAACACGCGGGCUACGCCGAGGUUCGGUUUCGCGUGCGUUCCUGCCUUAGUUUUGUUUAUUUUUUCCAUCUCUUUCUUCUGUUGUACGUCGCUUUAUCACCCGCCAACAGCCGUGUGCGUGCGUGCAGGGAACAAAAGUUGGCUAAGAAAAAGAAGGCAGAGCGGGAUCGUACCGUGUGGCACGCGGAUCGGAUGCAAACGUUUUUCGAUCAAUCGCAGCCACGAUCACACGCACACGUGCGCUUUUGGUAGUGCGGUUUUUAUUUUGCUGUGUAGCCGAGCUUGUUGUUUUUCCCUCCCCUUUUGUGCGUUCUUGCGGUCCGUGGCGAUUGUUUGUGUACCCUUCGUCGCAGCUGAAGCGUAACAAAUAAUAUAAUCAUAUCGCAUGUGGCGACCAGUGAACGAAUUACCUGAUGGAGUGCUGAAGUCUAAUCGCGUCCCAACCCGGCAGAUGCUAGUGUGCGUAGUUUGGUGCGGAAAAUUAUAUUGAAAUAGUGCACGAAAGUUGAAAAGUGUCGGAAUACUGAAGUGUCUGUUUAAUCAUAAAACAUGAAACGUGCUGCGUAGUGAAGAUCGUUUUAAGUGCUCCUGUCACUGAAAGGGAAUUAAAGAAUAUUCCGUCCGUCUAAGAUUUCGCGUCCGUACAAUAGUGAUCGAAAUGAGGAUCAUACAUCAUCCAGGACGUGCGAUUGAUGCGAGUCUUUCGCUCGAACAGCGUAGUGCAAUGGGUGCCCUGUAUGAAGCGAACUGGAACAAGGUACAGUCGAGUAUGAACUCGCUGAUCGAGAGCCAUCAUGAGACAAACCCGUACGAAACGGUAGGACUUCCAACGGUCAGACCCAUCAAUCUGGAGCCCUAUCGAACGUCGACCGUAACCGGUUCUUCUGAGGACGACGAAGGUCUCCCCGAUGAGGAGGAGCGUGAUACGUUUCAGGAGGGUAAUGGCGUCCUGAAGGCACUGAACGGAUAUCGGCCAGCUACGAUUAGGCGAGCCCGUCAGCGACAGUAUCCAGAGUGGGACGAGCUGAAAGACCCGAAAGAUUCCACCGAUGAUCCAAGCGCCACCAAAUAUCAUACCGUCCGGGGGCGGAUGUUUGAAAACACUCACAAUCCUCGACCGGCCCUGCGAGGUUCCAGUAUGGCCGAGUUCGAUGCGGGGCACUACGCGAACCUGCACUCGGCGGAAGACCGUGUUCCGGCUGUUCCAGCGCGCAAUUCAACCUUGAAGCGUUCGAACACGGUAGCGGCACAAACACCUUCCGCUCAGCAGAGAACACUCGAUCGACGGGAACUGUUUCUGCACCAACAGCAACAUCAGUACCAUCCUCCACCGGAGCAGCAAUCGAGAAGGGAACGCGUUAGGCAACAGAAACCGAUGGACGAGUACUCGGAUCAUCUGCACCGUCCAGUCAGUCACUAUCCGGACCCGAUGGCCGGUCUCGAAAGCAAGCUGAGAUCUAGCGCGAUCUGUGAUAAUGGUACCGGCGGUGCCCGGUAUCGUGAUAAAUCCAGCCCGGCCGACUAUCGCCGUGGUAGCGAUGAUAGCGAGAGCAAUCUGUCGAUCGGUGAUCGUAUGACGUCCUACCGAUCGGAUAACGAUCUCUGUACGCAGAUCUACCGCGAGGGCAGUCGGAAUGGCUCGUUGGCAAGUAUACCGCGGGCGACGGCUACACUCUCACGCAACCGAACCAUCAAGGGUCGCCCAAUAUUGGAAGAUAUUCCAGCGGAUCUGUUGCCACGGUUAGAACCGGAGAAACCUAAACGAGCCGGCAAGAAGGUUGGGUUUGGUAAGAUGCUGUACAAUACGAUUUCGGCUGGCACAAAGUUCCCGCGCACAUUGCUCAAGUCUCACUUCGGAGCGGGAGGUGGUGGAGUGCGGGAAGGUGGUGAUACGUCCGAGUACGAUAGUGCCACCGGUUAUCAGGACUCACCACUCUCUUCGAUGUCCUCCGCCUCAACGUCCUCAGCUUCUUCCUCGCCACCGGCGUCCUCUAAGUCGUCAUCGUUCAAGAAACUGUUUGGCGGCGGCGGAACAAGCAGUGGUAGCAGAAGCACUAGCAAUAGCAGCACCGGCAGCAACAGUACCGGCUCUGCCAACGUGCAUCAGCAGCGCCGUCCGCAGUUUAGUGACGAUUGUGAUGAUACGUACAUUAUUGCCUCACGACACGGUCCAGCCGGUGGCAAGUUUCCGUCGCUGGUUCCGGUGCAUACGUACGCACGGAAGCGACGCACGGGUAAUUUGAUCGCCAACGAACCCAUCUACGGCAACGUGGAGGAGAUCUACGCCAAUCCUGACGAGGGUCGCGUUGAGGUGUCGCGCGAAGGCAAAUACCUGUCGACGCUAUCCGGUGCUAAGGUUCUCGGUGAGCUAGCCAUCCUGUAUCACUGCCAACGGACGGCCACCAUCACAGCCGCCACCGACUGCAAACUUUGGGCGAUCGAGCGACAAUGCUUCCAGACGAUCAUGAUGCGAACGGGGCUGAUACGGCAGGCCGAGUACUCCGAUUUCCUCAAGAGUGUACCGAUCUUCAAAAAUCUACCGGAAGACACGCUCUGCAAGAUAUCCGAUGUGCUGGAAGAGUGUUACUACCAGAAAGGUGACUACAUCAUCCGCCAAGGUGCCCGUGGCGACACGUUCUUCAUCAUCUCCAAGGGUCAGGUGCGCGUGACGAUACGUCAACCGGACACGCAGGAAGAAAAGUUUAUCCGCACGCUCGGGAAGGGCGAUUUCUUCGGCGAAAAGGCUCUGCAAGGGGAUGAUCUACGCACAGCCAACAUUAUCUGUGACUCACCGGAAGGAGUUACCUGUUUGGUGAUCGACCGGGACACGUUCAAUCAGCUGAUCUCGAACCUGGAUGAAAUCCGAAACCGCUACAACGAUGAAGGUGUUAGCGAGCGGAAGAAGUAUGUACAAUGUUUUCCUCCGCUGUUUUCCACGCUGCCACAUUCUAACGCUUUUUCAAUUUGCAGGAUUUACGAAGAGUUCCGGGAGGUGAAGCUGUCCGAUCUGCGUGUCAUCUCUACGCUCGGUGUCGGUGGCUUCGGGCGCGUCGAGCUGGUACAGCUCGCCCAAGACAAAUCGCGAUCGUUCGCACUGAAGCAGAUGAAGAAGGCACAGAUCGUGGAGACGCGCCAGCAACAGCACAUUAUGUCGGAAAAGGAAAUUAUGAGUGAGGCAAACUGUGACUUCAUCGUGAAGCUGUACAAAACGUUCAAGGAUCGAAAGUAUCUGUACAUGCUGAUGGAGAGCUGUCUCGGUGGUGAGCUGUGGACGAUCCUGCGCGACCGUGGACACUUUGACGACGGUACCACACGCUUCUACACGGCCUGCGUGGUCGAGGCGUUCGAUUAUCUGCACUCGCGCAACAUCAUUUAUCGUGACCUGAAACCGGAGAACCUGCUGCUGGACGUGUCCGGGUAUGUGAAGUUGGUUGACUUCGGGUUCGCUAAGAAAUUGCAAUCAGGUCGAAAAACGUGGACGUUCUGUGGUACACCGGAGUACGUUGCGCCGGAAGUUAUUCUCAACCGAGGCCAUGACAUCAGUGCCGAUUAUUGGUCGCUUGGAGUGCUCAUGUUCGAGUUGCUGACCGGUACACCACCAUUCACCGGUGCAGAUCCGAUGCGCACGUACAACAUCAUCCUGAAGGGUAUCGAUGCGAUCGAGUUCCCGCGCAACAUCACCCGCAAUGCCAGUGCGCUGAUCAAGAAACUGUGCCGAGACAAUCCGACUGAGCGUCUCGGGUACCAGCGGGGAGGCAUCAGUGAAAUCCAAAAGCACAAGUGGUUCGAUGGCUUCUACUGGGAAGGAUUGCGGAAUCGUUCACUACCACCGCCGAUCCUGCCGAAAGUACAGAGCGUCGUCGACACGGCUAAUUUCGAUGACUAUCCGGCCGAUCCCGACGGUCCACCGCCGGACGAUCUGUCCGGAUGGGACGAUGAUUUCUAAGCUAAACGUCUUUCCUGCUUUAAGAUCUUUCGCGCUAAAAUCCUCCUAACGUUUUGCUUACCGUCCCGCAGCUGCACGUGGUUCGCUGUCCGCACGUGUGCGCAAUUGUUCCUUCGAGAGAUAGAGAGAAAGAGAGAGAGAGAGAGAGAGUGAUGUAUGUUCUUGUGGCUGAUAUUUGUUUGACUCUGUGUGUGUGUGUGGGGUGUGUGAAUGGGUUGUGCGGAACACGAUCACUUUGCGGGACGAUUGUUUUCGUAACAGUUAUUGUUGUAGCGUUUUUUAUACAUAUUUUACAAAUUUUAUCAUUUUACCCAUUACACAAGAGGCGAAGAAGAUGUUCGAAAAAGGCGUGUGUAAUUGUUUUUUUUUAAUGGAUGGAAGAGAAAAGUUUAGUAACUUCACUUAUACGCAUAUCAAUAAUUGGAAAGAGAAAGUAAUAGAGGAUUGAGAACAGCAUCGUCCAUGUCAUGUGUAGAUGGGUAGACCCUUCGUCCGUUGUGACCCAUCUAUUUCGCUUGCGUAAAAAUUGCGUGUAAGGUUCGCCGCCUACCACCGUUUAACGCGGCCACUAGCUAACACAGAUUUGCUUAUACAAAAACAGCUAACCUUUUUGCGGUAAGACCAACCGUUCGUUGGUCAAACUUUAACAUGAGUACACUGAUUCGCGGGUGGAAUGGUGGUUUUCCGGCACGGUGUAAGAUGGAGCUCGGUGGAAAUGAGUGUAUGUUUGUUUGUUAAUGUGUUUGUGCAAUCGAGAUUCUGUAAAGUAUACCUAUUAAAAGCCUGUACAUAAAUGCGCGUCAAAAUUCACGUGGGUGCAUUAGUAACACAAUUGCUGGUUAGCGGUUUACCGGUUAUGACCGUGGCAAGCACGGCAAGCAGCAGUGAUCGCUUGUGUGUAUGGUCUGUUAGUUUAACUGUUUUAUUAAAACAAAGAUGCAUGUACAGUAGAAGAAUCAUGCAAACUCUAGUGUCCUUUCAGCAGCUGGUUAGAAAUCAGACUUAGUUUCUAGCAUCGUUCAAACUGAGCAACAAUAAAUUCGUAAUCCGUGUA